CUCCGCCUCAUCUUCAUUUUAAAAGUAUCUCCUAAGCUCCAGUUUCCACUGACAAAAUACUGCUCGUCUCCUAUAAUAUUUUUCUUUCUUCUUCUGAUAUUAUUGUUUCCAGAUUUUUAGGUCUUAGAACGAUGUCGGUUUUCGAAUCAGAGACUUCAACCUUCCACGUUUUCAACCCCCAAGUUCAAACGCAACCCCAGACGCAAACGCAACUGCAAACGUAUAUGCAAGAAACUGCGGUAGAGGAGAACGCACCAGUAGGCAGACAGAACUCAAUCUUGUCGCUGACUCUUGAUGAGAUUCAGAUGAAAAGCGGCAAGAGCGUCGGAGCAAUGAACAUGGACGAGUUCCUCGCGAACUUGUGGACGACCGUCGAGGACAACGACAACGGAGGUGGUGGGGUCCACAACGACGGAGAGAAACCGACCGUAUUGCCACGCCAAGGGUCGUUGUCAGUUCCCGUACCUUUGUGCAAGAAAACCGUCGACGAGGUUUGGUUCGAGAUUCAAAACGGUGUACAACAACAACAACCGCCGUCGUCAACAUCCGGUCAAAACUCCGACGAAGGAAUCCAUCGGCAACGAACCCUCGGUGAGAUUACGCUAGAGGAUUUUCUUGUUAAGGCCGGAGUUGUACAAGAACCGUUGAAGACGACGAUGAGGAUGGCGAGUUCUGAUUUAGGUUAUAACCCGGAGUUUGGAGUUGGUUUACAUUGUCAAACCCAAAACAAUUAUGGUGAGAACCGCUCACUUUACAAUGAAAACCGGUCGUUUUACUCGGUAUUGGGGGAAUCGUCACACUCUAUGACCGGAAAUGGUAGGAGCAAUCAGUAUUUAACCGGUUUAGAUGCUUUUCGGAUAAAGAAACGGAUAAUUGACGGUCCACCGGAAAUUUUGAUGGAGCGGAGACAGCGGCGGAUGAUUAAAAACCGCGAAUCUGCGGCUCGGUCUCGAGCCCGGAGACAAGCGUAUACUGUGGAAUUGGAGUUAGAGUUGAACCAACUCACGGAAGAAAACAUGAAGCUGAAGACAAUUGUGGAGGAAAACGAGAAGAAAAGAAGGCAAGAGGUGAUGAAUAGAAGCACACAAAUUACUAAAGAGAAGAACGGAGACAAAUUGAGGAGGAUUCGUAGGAUGGCUAGUGCCGGGUGGUAGAUGAGAGUUUUCGUAAUUACAUAUAUAUACACAUAUAUAUAUAUAUAAGUUAUUUUAAGGCAAAGGUGGAAUUUGUAUAUAAGAUCAUCUUCUUUUUGUCAUCAAAUAUCUAUACUAUUAAUUGGAAUCAUUCAAGGAAAA